AUGUUGAUCAGGAAAACUGUGAAUUAUACCACAAUCUUAUCCCAGUCGUUCCCUAAAAGGUCGCGGUCGACACCAUUGCAUAUCACAGAACAACUAGCUAAAGCAAUCAGUAAUCUAGCUAUUGCCUCAUGCCUUGCUAUUGUAAUUGGUGAUUUCAACAUACUAGAAACUGAUUGGGCACAACGGAAUUCUAAUAGAGAAAAUUCGCACCCUCUUGCGGAAACUUUUGCAUAUCACGCCUUCUCACAUUUGGUAAAGGAGCCCACAAGGGGUGAUAACAUAUUAGACUUAGUACUUACAAAUGAUCAGCAACAAAUGAUCAGCACUUCAUUGACAAUAUAUCAAUUGAUUCUGCUCUUGGGCAUGAUGACUGCCAGCCUUCCUCCUUGCGUGCCACUUUUCAAAAGACUGUUUCAUAAGUGGGACUAUUCCCGCGCCCUCAGUUAUCUUUCCAGUAUCCUAUGGGUCUUCGAAACACUAUCUACAGUUGAUGAUAAGUAUUCAAUGUUCCUCUUUACACUCAAUCACACUAUUGAUCAAUACGUCCCCUGGGCUCUCGUCUAUCCGAAUAAGCGCAACCUACCAGAAUAUUUACGCAACAUGCCUGAACAUAAAGAAUGCCUGUUUCAAUAUGCCGAACUGACCGGCGACUAG